UUAUUCUUGCAUGCGUCAUAGCGGUAUGCGAUAACAACACUUCAAUCGUUUGUUUGCGGAUGGCCAUAACGUUAUAGAAGAAGAGCCACAAUAACAACACAGCUCACUUGCCUUCACAGCAAAGAAGUAAGUUCAAUUUAUUGUAUUACUCAAUACGUUGCAAGUGUAAGCUACAUGUGUUACAAACAAUACGUCAAGAAACAAUAACGAAACAGCAAGCGAGUGCUUGUUUGAGUUAGCAGCGAAACUCACGUGAAAGUUUGCCAGUACGGUUGUUAUUUUUCCCGAAGGAAGACUUGUGAUUUGAGGGGGAAAAUGGCCACCACAUCUUCUCUUCCAGAGGAGGACCUCACUUGUCCCGUAUGCCGAGACAUUUUCAGAGACCCAGUCAUCCUGUUGUGUAGCCACAGCUUCUGUAUGGACUGUAUACAUGGCUACUGGAGGGAGAAAGAAGUGAAGGAAUGUCCAGUCUGUAGGAAAAGAUCAAAACUCAGUGAUGCACCCCUCAACCGGGCUUUGAAGAACCUCUGUGAGGCCUACUCGAAGGAGAAAGCAUCAGCAGGUGUCCUCUGCAGUCUGCAUGGGGAGAAAUACAAACUUUUCUGUCGGGACCACGGACAACCUGCUUGCCUGGUAUGCCAGACUUCUGAGUUACACACAAACCACAAGUUCUGCCCCAUGGACGAAGCUGCCAAAGAAUACAAGGAGUCUGUGCUGAAGCUCCUACAGAACAAACUGGAGGUCCUUGAGGCAGACAGUCGAACUUGUGUUCAAACGGCAGAUACUAUCACGAGCCAGGCCCUGUCCACGGAGAGGAAAAUAAGGGAACAGUUUGAGGAGCUUCACCAGUUUCUACGAAAUGAAACGGUAGUCAGGAUAGCUGCCCUGAAGCAGGACGAAGACUACAAGAGUCAAAUGAUGAUGAGGAAGAUUGAGGAGAUGAACAGAGAGAUAUCGUCCCUUUCUGACACCAUCCAAACCCUAGAGGAAGAGCUAGGGGCUGAAAACAUCUCUUUGCUACAGGACUACGAGGUCAUCAAGAAAAGAGUUCAGUGCAUAUUGCCAGAUCCAGAGAGGGUUUCAGGAGCGCUGAUCGACGUGGCCAGACACCUUGGCAACCUGCAGUUCAGAGUCUGGGAGAACAUGCAGGAAAUUGUUGAGUACACUCCUGUGAUUCUGGACCCCAACACUGCUCACCCAGAUCUCAUCCUGUCUGGCGACCUGACCAGCUUCACAUGCAGACUCAGUGAUGACCAACAGCAGCUUCCUGACAACCCAGAGAGGUUUAAACACCGCUAUGCUGUCCUGGGCUCAGAGGGCUUCAGCUCGGGGAUACACAGCUGGGACGUAGAGGUUGGGGACAGCAAAGAGUGGGCAGUAGGUGUAGCCAUCGAGUCUUGCGAUAGGAAGGAGACGUCUCGGUGGCAUAUUAGUGGAGUCUGGUAUGUACUCUCAAGAGAAGGGAGUGACUAUAUUGACCAAGUGUCACCGAAUGCAUGUUACUGUCUUGAACCCUUUAAAGUGAAACCCCAGAGGAUCAGAGUGCAGCUGGACUGGGACAAAGAAACCGUGUCACUUUCUGAUCCUGUCAAUAACCAACGUAUUGGGUGUUUCUUCAAAAACCCUCAAAUAUUUUCAUUGAGUUUCACUGAGAGAAUUUUCCCGUUCCUCAGUGGGGACUAUGUCAGGGUUAUGCCAGUGAAGGCCUCUGUAACACUAUAGUACAGUUGGAGCUGAUAAUUACACAAGUCAGGUUUCGUGUUAAAACGAAACUACAGGCUAAAAGGCAAUUGACACAAACGAUUGCUGUGGGAACAUUGUUUACCAAUUUCAAAUGCAUUAAUUGAAAUGAAUCAGUUUGUUAAUUUUAAUGUCUCUUAAUAUCAGUAAACCCUUGUCUGAUAAUAGACAUGAGAACUGCAGGUUUAGUUCUGUUUGCUGUUUUUCAGUGUUUGUGCCUGUUGCUGAAUCUCAUUCAACAUCGACUUAAUGGGACAGAUUUGGAAUAUAUCGGGGGGGGGUUUCCAUUUUGAAUGCCAGGUGUACUGAGCACAGAUAUCCUCGUUGGCCUUUUGACUAGUUUGUCUAGAGAAAUGUUACUGUUGUUCAGUUAAUCUUCUAGUUAAGUAUCCGCUAACCACGUAUGAUACAGCAAUCUGUCAGUCAAUGACAUGCAACCAUUAGUUGAUGCAACACUACCUUUGACUCAGCCUGUCUGUGACUGAGAUCCCACUCCCCCUCUCUCUCUCUCCCACUCUCCCUCUCUCUCUCCCACUCCCCCUCUCUCUCUUACUCCCCCUCUCUCACUCCCCCUCUCUCUCUCUCCCACUCCCCCCCCUCUCUCCCACUUCCUCUCCAAAGAACUGACUCCCUCUCACUUCCUGAAUUCAUCCUUCUGUUUUUUUUAUUUACAUUUGCUGUUUUGUUAUUUAGCCUUUUAAGCGCUUUGAGAUUCUUCUCUAUCAGUAAUGGUCUUCCUGUCUGUGAAGUGUGCUUCUCCAUUCUAGUGUAAUUCUAUGUCAUGUAAGUUGAGUAAUUGCUGCAGUGUUUUAUACCAUGGUCAUGUUUUACAGCUGUUUUCAUUUUAUACAUAAAAUUACAUUUUAAAUCUG